CACACCGGCUAGCUUUGUGAAGGCAACGACAGGCGCGCAGCGGUUGAACCACAGAUUACAAAGCACCCAUGCGGCUCGAGGAGCCCCUCCCACCCGACCUGGCGCCGGAGGCCGCGGCCUCGAUCACCUGCUUUGUCGAGGAGGCGGACGACGUGUGGACCCUCUACUCGUUGAUCGAAAAGGGCGACGAGGUCUCGUGCAACACGACGCGCAAGGUCAAGGGGGACAACCCGCGCGCGGCGUCGGAGAAGCGGCACAUGACGCUGACGGUCGCGGCGGACGCCGUCGACUACGACGGCGCCGGCGACGAGCUGCGCGUCGCGGGCACGACGCGCACGGAGCACGAGCUCGUCAAGCUCGGGUCGCACCACACGCUGCAGAUCGGCCUCCGCGCGCGCGUCUCGCUGCGCAAGGCCGCGUGGGACGCGUCGCAGCGCGCGACGUUGGCGCGGGCGGCCGACGCCGCGAGCACGGCCGACCUCGCCUGCCUGCUGCUGGACGCGGAGCGGUGCCGGGCGAAGCUCUUCGUGCUCACGGAGCGGCUGGUGAAGCAGGCCGCGUCGGUGGAACUCGCCCUGCCCAAGGGCACGCACGGCGCGCGGAGCAAGCGCGCCGACGCGCAGAAGGCGAAGUUCCUGCACCGGUGCCGCGACGCGCUCGCGGCGCACGUGCGCUGGGACGUCGUCCGGUGCGUCGUGGUCUGCGGCCGCGGCGCCGCCGACGUGGCGCAGUUCCUGCGGACGGACACCACGCCGGCCGCGGCGUGCAGCUCGGACGCGGCGAACGUGGGUCACCUGCGGCGCGCGGCGGCCGGCGGGCGGCUGUGCGUCGCCGAGGACCCCGUGGUCGCGGCGGGGCUGACGCGGGACGCGCUGCGGGCCGUGCUGGCCGUGCCAGCGGUCGCGAAGCGCGUCGAGGCGACGGCCGCGGCGCGCUACUGCGCGGCGCUCGAGGCGUGGCGGAGCUGCCAGCGGAAGGACCCGGACCGGGUGCUGUGCGCGUCGCUCGACGCCGUGGCCGCGGCCGCGGAGCGCAACGCCCUGGCCAUCUUGAUGGUCGUGGACGACAACCUGCGGGGCGCGGCGCCCGACGUCGAGAGGAGGAAGCGGUUCCUGGACCUCGUGGAGCGCGCCGCGGCGCAGGGCGCCGAGGUCCUGUACUUCCCCGCGCGGCACGUCGCGUCGGACCAGCUGAUCGAGCUCGGCGGCGUCGCGGCGACGCUGCGGUACCCGUGCCCGGACCUGCAGGACAUCGUGGAUCGCCGGCCGGACGCGGGAAAGGGCCCGGCGCCGGCGCCCCUGCCGCCGCCGCCGGAAAACGACCCGGCGUCCCUGGACGUGGAGGAAUUGAGGAGGGAACUGACGAAGCUGGGACGGUCCGCGAAGGGCAACUUGCCGGACCUCGUCGGGCGCCUCCGCAAGGCUCGCGCCGACGCCGCCGCCAAGGCGGCGAAGCCCAGUUCGAAACCGACGAAGGCGUCGGCGCCGCCGCCGCCGCCUCCGAAAGCCUCGAAGAAGGCGCCGAAGCCGAAGGCGAACUACGACGAAGACGACUGGGACGACGGCUACGACGACAAGUACGACGGCGCCUACGACUACUAAUUUUAUGUGCUUAA